AUGGGAAACACACAAUCUAAUUCUAAUAUGCCUGCAAGAUCAAUUGAAGAUUUUAGUAGAUCAUCAGAAACGUCACAAGAAGAUCAAAUUAUCCCUGUUGAUACAGGUCGAACAAUUGAGAGUUCCUUUCAUGAUUUUGGUUCAAAUUCACCAUUCGUUGGUUCACCUUUACUAUCACAUGAAGAAUAUAAAAAAGUUGAAGUCAUUGAUGAUAUAUAUUAUGGAUACAGUCAAAAUUCAAGUUUUAAUGAAACCGGAAUUUUGACUGGUUCACCGAGAAUUCCAACAUCAUUGGUUGAACCUUCAUAUAAAAACUCUAAUAAAAUUGUACAUGAUUUUAGUUCAGAAAUAAGUAAAAAAAUACCUACAAUUAUCACCUGGAGUCAAGGUGGAAAUAAUGUAUAUGUCACAGGCACUUUCAAUGAUUGGAAAUACAAUAUUAGAUUAUGUAAAAGUUCCAACGAUUUCACCACGGUCAUUAAUUUAUCUCCAGGAACACAUAAAUUAAAAUUUAUUGUUGAUGAUGAAUGGAAAUGUUCUAAUGAUCUUUCAACAGCAACAGAUCCGGAUGGUAACUUGGUAAAUUAUUUGGAAGUUUAUGAAGAAGAAGAUGAAACUAUAAGUCAAGAUGGAUUAAAUUCUGACGGUCUUUUAUCAAGGACUCCUCCAGAUGAAUAUACUGAUGAGAUUCCAAAUUUUGAAUUUCCGGAUUGUAUGAUAGAAGAUCAACCACCAGCUUUACCACCUCAUUUAGAAAGAGUUUUACUUAAUAGUUCUACGAUAUCAAAAGAAGAUAAUAGUGUUCUUCCAGAACCAAAUCAUGUGGUAUUAAAUCAUUUAUAUGCUUGUUCAAUAAGAGAUGGAGUUAUGGCUGUUGCUGGUACUGCAAGAUAUAGAAAGAAGUAUGUGACUACUGUCUAUUACAAACCUAUAUUCACAUGA